AUGGCCUCCAAAUCUGCAGUUGAGCCCAUGGUCGGGAAGCCCCUUUCGCACAUUCCCAGUUUGAUCCCUGCCGCAAGCCUCCCAUUGUGUUCGGAGCAGCCGGCAUUCGGAUCCCUGCCGUCGUACCACAUAAAUAGCCCCUCCGAUAGGACUUGAGGCAAGGCGGGAAGGCUGUAUCGGGUUUCGUGCAAAGGUGCUCUCCCAUAUUGACCUCGCGGCUGACACACAUCGUCUUCUCUGCUCGCUGUGUAUCCAGGUGGGUAAUUUCUACGUGUUGUAUCCUUCGCCGUACUCCGCAACAUGUCCACACCACUGCUCCACACGGAGAGACCAACUGCCACUCGCUGCUAUUGCUGACCUUCAUGACGGAUGCUCUUCAACGGGAUUACGACAUGGUUGCGACAAGGUGUCUCGGCAAAAGGCUCUGAGGAACACCAGGGAAGUUGACAACAAUGGCCACAUUGGAUGUAUAUCACUUGAACACUUUCCGUGCUCUACUGAUGCUGAUUACCAACACCAAACAUACCAGGAAACAAGCUAACACGAUACAAACUGAACGCUAUGCCGUACCUACCAUGCACCAGGUGUACCAUUCUCUUCUACUGUAAGCAUCACUGAUAAGCUACCCCAAAGGGUCAAAUAUGUUUUUUUUUUUUUUGGUUUGAAAAAGGAGUGAUGCACUGCUGUAGCCUUCUUUUCAUCUUCCAUGAUUUUACAUCAAUAUUAUUUGUUUCUCCUUAAGUUCCUAAAACCAGCAAGCUGUCAAUAGACACUGCGCCGUGUCCCCUGUGAAGGUUACAUCUUACAGAACACGACACUACGGAGGGAUUCUCCCCG